AUGGAACGAUCGAAACCAUCGGGGAACGAUUCGGAACGGUCUGUUGAUAGUUUUGGACGUUCUACAGGCGAUUUGGCACGGCCUAGCGGCUCUUUUUUAGCCGAGAUGAAGGAUAACUCAACUAAAAGUUUAGCUACAGAAGUCAACAUACGAUGUGAUGAUCUCACUGAGGUAAAGUUAAGAUCAAGACCUAAAUUAUUUGGCAAUUCGACCACAGAGAUCAAUCUACCAAUGAGUUUAAUCGAAGCUACAGAACGUUUUAUGAAAGGUUUGGGAAAAUGUGAGCCUUUGAAAGAAGAUGACAACAGUUUCUUGAUGCCUACUACAUCUACAAAGCUACAGAUUGGGCAUACUAAGUCAUUGGAUCAACCUUGCAAAGGAUUUUUAUUGUCAACUGAUGCCGAUAAAGGUAUGAAUCAGGCAGAAAUGGUUACAGAACAGAGCAAACGCUCGAGGGAACGUUAUGAAUCGUUUUGUGAAGCUACAGAAGGGUCUUAUGAAGGUACAUCUACUGAUAAGUCUUUUGGAUUCAAGUCGAAAGAUCAGUCUUUUGAAGCUGAAGAUACAGGACUGUCUUCUGAAGCCAAACCUAAAGACCAGUCUUUUGAAGCCACACCAUUAGAACGAACUCUUCAAGUUGAAUCAGUUCAAUCAGCUGUACAGAACUCUAAGCAACGUAUUUUACCCUCGAUAACAGAAAGAUCAUCGUGGUCAUCUGAAGAUUCAAACUAUUGUAUAACCAGUAUUUUUGAUACAGAUACUAUUACUUCUGAUGUUUUUACUACAGCUACUAAUGAUUCUGGCUUUAUUUCUACUUCUAAUGUUGAGGAGACCAUUGGCUUUUCUAUUGCUAAUGUUGAGGAGAUCAAUAAUAUUUCUACUGCUAAUGUUGCGGAGAUUGAUGAUAUUUGUAUUGAUAAGCCAAAUAACAACAAUGCUUUCAAAAAAGGUGAUUUUUUAAAAAUUUUUUGCUUUUUUUUGGUUUUUUAAUGAUUUUUAAAUUUUUUUUAACAAUUUUAAUGUUUUAAAGGCCCAACGUCAAAUUUUAUAGAAGCUACAAUACCUAUGAUAAGUCUAAAUGAAGAAAAUGAGAACUGCAAUGAAGGAUCAGUUCAAAAUGACACUACCUUUGGAUCAGACAUUCCCUUUAUUGAUGAUAUAGAAGCUUAUGUUCCUCAUCGAGCUACUCAGGUUGUGAAACCUAUUGUUUUGGAUUCUGAAGGACACAAGAAUGCUACUGAAGGUCAGAAGAUGAUGUAUGGAGAAGCUAUGUCUACUGGAACAAGUUCCGGUUUUAGUACUAAAAAUUGUAUGGAACUUAGUACUAAAGCAAGCCUUGAAAUUGGUACUAAAGCAGGCAUUGAGCUUAGUACUAGCUCAACUACUAACCCUACUUCUAUAGCAAGUACCAAUUCUAGUACUAAAAACAAUGCUGAACAACACAACUACAGUACGAGUACUAACAAAAUUCUACCACCUACAAUGACCUCCAAGGCUGAUCUACCCAAAUCUCAAAGGCAACACCUUAAAGAGCCUAAAACUUCGCUGAGAUUCCGUCGUGAUAGUACACAAUCUGAAGUCAUACCACCUCACAAAAGAUCACUACUAAGCUUCAGUCGUUUUGGUUAUGAACUAAGCAAGCUUGGAGGCUCGAAAUGUUCUUUACUUUCAUUUGGCAGCCCAAAAAGUACUAGAAAAAGCAUUAAAAACUUGUCUACGGCUUCAUCAGAUCAAGCAAAGAUGGGUAAGAAUCAACGAAUGAAGUACUCUAGAGUAUUCGGAUCAAACCAACAGUUAUCUAGUGGCUUUAACAGUUACUAUCGGCCAGGGUUUGGUAAUCAACAAAGUAAAAGGUCAGCUUCUACUACUGGAAUAUCCGAUCAUGGUGAAUAUGAUGGGCGUUUUGAGGCUAUCAAUCAAUGUUUAAAUGGAAUAAAUAGACGUUAUAAUGGCAAAAAUGGACUCAACAGGUCUUCUGAAUAUUGUAGUACAAAUGAUUAUGGAUCAACCUAUAGUAUUGACCACCAUGGUGGCAGUAGAAGCUCAAAGCAACAACAUUAUCAUCAAAAUCAUCAUCAUAGUCACUACCAGAAUCAUUAUCAAAGCCCCUUUCAAAGCAGCUAUCAAAUUGAUCAUUCAAGCCAAAGACAAAGAAGAUCAAGCCUAACUUCAGGCCUACUGUACUCUACGAAGAAUUUAAAUGGUAGUACGGUAACCAUAGCUUCAACAAACCCUCGGGAUUCUACAAAAGCUUUCAAACGUGGAUUACUGUAUCAAAACCCGAGUUUGAAUGAUUCUACAGUAAGCUUAAUUCAUCCACCUGGACUGACCAGAUGUAAUGGGUAUAAGAGCUCAAACUAUGGACUGAAUGGGAUGAAAAUGAGAGGUCAUGGUGAAGAUGGAUCUAGUUGUACACUUAUGGGAUCUGGAAGGCAUUUGGAGGGUUCUGCUAGACAUGUAGCGAAUUUUAAUGGACAUCUAGGGGCUAAAUAUCAGAGUGAAGAUAGAUAUGGAUCUAAGCAUCUUAAUGAAUCCGCUAGCCAUUUGUCUGGUUCAAAUAGGCAUCUACUGGGAUCGAAAGGUUAUUUGGCCAGUUCUACUAGAAAUCUCAAUUCAUCGACCGAUUUAUCAAUGGCAAAUGGCUUUUUAAAGCCUUCAAAUCACCAUUUUGAAGCCAAAACGUUGGAUCGUUCUUACAAGCUUGGCCAAGGGGUUUUGGACCAGAAUUUGAAUUUUGAUGACAAUACUUCUAAAAAUCGUCAUGACAAUCAAAAAACCCAGCCAAAGCUAUUUCAACCUCAGCUAGCGCAGCCAGACCCAGCACUGACCAAGCUAACACAGCUAGACAAAGCCCAGAAGCCGUCGCGAAAAAGUCUGACCAGAUAUCAGACCGAUCAGUUCGGAUCGACCUUGUCAUUGAAAGCGAUCAAGCCACUAAAACCGUCAAAAGGUCGCUUGGCUGAAAUCAAAGAAGUUCAUCGCAGCAGUUCGUGCGACAACAUGAGCAAACUCAUGCACAAACACAAGGCCUUAAGGAAGAAGGAGUCGUUGGACGAGGAGGCGGCUAAACAAAUGGCGUUGAUGAGGAUGGAUAAGGACGGUGGGUGGCAUUUAAAAAUUUUUUUUGAAUUUUAGGGUGGUGGAUGGUUGGACUUUUUAGAAAAGGGGAUGAUUUGGACUGUUUUUUUAUUGGGCAUUGUAAAAUUUAAAAAAAAAUUUUUUUUGAAAUUUUUAUUGACAUGUUAGUAAAAAGGUUGGACUUGGGUCUUUUUAGAAAAGAGGGUAAUUUGGAAAUUUGUUUUAUAGGGUAGGGUAAAAUUUUGAAAAAUUUUUUUUUGAAAUUUUAAUUGGGUGAAUUUCAAUGGUAAGGGUAGCGGCCUUGAAAAAAAAUUUGGCUAAAGGGAGACCAAGAGAUAUCGGUUUUUAGAGUGGUACUAA